CAAACGAGGGAACGGGAAGGCCGCCACCCCUCCGGCGUCAGUUGUGUGGUUCGUCCUUCUCCUCUACGCAAAACUAAGGGGCCGAUGGGUUCCCGCAAUUGGAGAAAGGAAAGGGGGAGGAGUUAGGUUGGGUGGCUUACCCGAAGCAGUACCGCGACUGGAUCAUCUGCCGCAUACCUGUUCGAGGCGCGAUGGUGAUGAUAUAUGCAGCGGGGACUCCGAAUAGGAACUGGAGGAAAACGAUCAUCAGCGCCGCGUCGCGUAGCGACAUUCCGAAGCCGAGGGUCGUCGCGGAGCCGAUACCGAUCCUGUAGUGAGGUGCCCUCAGCUUUGCGUCCCUUUCUGUGCUCCUCCAUUUCCAUUGUUCUCUACGACACUGAGCACACUUACGGCAGUAGGCUCGUCAUCGACGUGGCGAAGACGGUAAAGACGUUGACGUAUCGCGUAUCAGUCCGCUUCUCGACCGGUACCGGCUCGGCGCCGCGCAUCUCGACUCCGUGGUCAGAUAGCUUCGUCCAGAAGGAUGACUUCGGUUCUCUGAAUUGGUCCUCAAUAUCGCCGGCUUCACUCGUUUCUACCAACGAGGUGGAUCCUUUGGACAGUCCUAUCUCGACAUCUCGGGCACCCGGUGUCUGGGUUGAUUCCCCCUUCUCGACCGCAUAAUCCGCCAUGGUCGUAGUUUGCCGAACCAGCGAAGAAAGACUGGCAGCGCUGGACCACCAAUCUCGACGGUAUGCACUAACAAGAUGCCCGGCGCGCUCUCUAUACCUAACGCUUCGAGAACGAGAGGAAAU